AGUUGUUGGUCGACCAGCGUCCGAGAACAUACCUACACACGGUCGGGAACCCGCGAGGGAGGAAGAUAUGAUGCGAGUGUUCUACUAGAGGUCGAAGGCAGGCGGGACUUCUAUCCGAGCGGCCCUUUAUCAAAUGUCGCUCGAGGAAGAACACCGUUCAGUCUACGGUUGGACGUGAUCGCGAAAAGGUGGUUCCUUGUUCCUGCGGUGUCAAGAACACAGUUUGGUUCUCGGAAGUUCUCGGAAAACGUGGAAGAAACGGUUCGAGGGCGCGAUUCUGGAAAGUGAGUUCGGGGAAAAACGAAGGAAGACAAAAGUGAAUUGUUAAUGAGGUGUAAAUUGCGGUGGUCAGUUCGUUUGAUUGGUAUGUGUUGCUGUUGGUGCUGGGCUUAGGUGGGCAGGCAGGCAGUCAGUCAGUCGGUCAGUGGUUCAGGCGAUUGGUGGGUGGAUAAAAAAAGUGCAAGUGAAAGUGAAAACCACCAUAAUUCUGCGGGUUGAUUUGAUGCCAAGUGAUUUGAUUGUUGCGAACGCGCGUGAAAACGGAAGCCCUCAGAGAGCCGGUGUGGUGCUAUAUCCUCUAUACCUACUUAUCUAUAGGUUUGUGCAGCGAGCAGUGCCCGAAAACGCGCAAACCUGCGAAAACGCCAAAUUGAUAACGGUGUGUGAAGUGGACGAUCAACACGCAUAACCAGAGCGAGCAACGAGCCAUAUCCAAACGGCUGACCGGCGGCGGCGCGGCGUGGUGGCAUCCACCGACUAGAAGCGGAUUUGGUUUGGAAAGUUUCGCGCGCUAGAGGCUCGGAGAAGAACAGCGGAGCAGACGAAGCAGCAGCAGCCAUGACGACUGAGCCGAGAAGCAGAAGAGGUGGCUGUUUUAUGCUAAUAGCAUCAAUUGUGAUAUUAUCAGUUAUACAAGAUGUGCGAUGUCAAGAUUUUGGUUACGAUGGGGCGAAAGGUCCAUCCCAUUGGGGCGAGCAGUACAACAGCUGUACCGGAAAGCACCAGAGUCCAAUCAACAUCAACUCGCUGGACGUGAAGAAAGUUAACCUGCCGCCGUUGGUCUUCGAUGGAUUCGACGUGCCGCCGCAGCAGACCAAUCUGACGAAUAACGGACAUACCGUGGCCGUCACCAUGAAAUCCGAUCACAUUCCAACGAUCGCGGGAGGACCUUUGAAUGGAACCUACCAGUACUCGCAGCUGCACUUCCACUGGGGCGACAACGACACCUUCGGCAGCGAGGACAUGAUCGACAAUCACAUCUUCCCCAUGGAACUACACGUGGUGUUCUUCAAGCAGGAGUACAAAAACGCCAAAACGGCUCUGGAGCACUCGGACGGUCUGACGGUGUUGGCCUUCUUCUACGAGGUGUCAGAAAAGGCCAACCCACUUUAUGAGGAAUUUGUAACGCUGCUGGGAAACAUCACCAAUGCUCACAAAUCAACCACUUUCACCAGCCCACCGUCGUUGAAGGAUCUUAUUGCCCACGAUACGCUACACUACUACACCUACGACGGAUCGCUAACGACUCCUCCGUGCAGCGAAGUGGUCACGUGGAUCGAUUUCAAGGAACCGAUUCUGCUGUCACAUUCGCAGAUUGAGGCAUUCCGCGCACUUGACGACGAGGAAGGUCACCCAUUGACCCACAAUUUCCGUCCGAUUCAGCCACUUGGCGAUCGGGUGGUGCUCUACAAUACGGAUGAAAUUGUGAAGGAUGUUGACCUGGGAGGAGCGGAGCCGCCACCAAGUGAAGUGGAACAGAAUGCCAUCGAUGAGCCGAAGAAGGAGCACACUAGCAGCAGUAGAAAGAAUGGCAAGGGCAGUGGAGCCGUUGCUCCGAUCUCGAUGGGAGUCAGCUGGUUGGUGCUGGCCACCGCCGCCGCCCUGGCCAUGGUUGUAGGUUCCUACGAUUGAAAGCUAGAGCGAUAGAAUGUCUCCUCAAAUCAAGGUUUCUACCUAUAUAGAAUAAAAGUAAAUGAAAUUGACGUGAAAUUAUAGAGCUGAGUGUAAAUACUGAUGUUGAUCAUCGGAAGGUAAACAAAUUCGCAAAACUCGACUAUCCAAUCUGUUAUUCAGUAUUUCGAUGUAGAUUUCAAAUGUAAUCACCUAUUUAAUAGGCGUGAAUCAAACACAGGGAGAGAUUAAUUCAACUAACUCAGAUCAUUUCGUCCUCAUUGCAAAUUUAUUCGGAAAUAUUAGAAACAAAAUCUCAAUGAAAUUUACUGACAAAUGCGCCUCAUAAGAUACUAAAACUAGUGAAACGUAUUAAAACUAAAAUCUAACUUAUUGUGAGCUAAUAGUGUAUUACGCGUAUGAGACAAUGACAGCACCAAAAACAUGAGAAGCUAAGCAGCUAGAUGUAAGAAGAAUCCAAAUAAAAAGACUUGUGAUCCCAAA